AUACUUUUUCACUCUUCCUGGAGUAAAAACAUGUUGAAGGUUUUGGGUUUCCUGCCCCCUCAGCACAAAACGGCAAAUAAAAAUAGUUAAAUUGUUCUGAAACAUCUCAGAAUGAGGAAUGUCAGCAAAAAAACAGAUUAUCUGAACUAUCUGGUCAGAUUGGAGAAAAUCAGACAAUAUUUUCACAGAAUCAUCUGUGAAAACCUGGGAGUAGUGAUGAACCUGAACCUUCAGCGUCACAUAAACACAGUUACAAAGUCGGUCUUCUAUCACCUUCCACUGAGAGAAAAUACUUUCAAAUGCUGUUGGUGGUUUAUGAAUCACUGAACAGCUUAAAGAUCUGCUGCUGAUCAACCUUCCAGAUGAAGCAGCUUUCAGCUUCUAUGCAAACUUCCAGAAAACUGCAAAACAGCUGAAACACCGAGUUCCUUUAAAUCCAGACUAACAGCUACAUGUUUAGAGUCGCUUCUGAAACUAAAUGAAACGUUGAUCAACAUUCUGAUGUGUAACGACGGCAAAAUGUAAUGUUUACCAGGCAACGUGUUUUAUGAGGCCGUAUUUCUGUUUUGUUGUUUGGUAAAGCAUUUUGAAGUGUUGCUGAAAUGUGAUAUACAAAUAAGGUUGAUUGGUUGAUCGACUGAUUGAUCUGUCCAACCUGUUGUUGUUUCCAGGUGAGGCGGCGCCAUGUUGGACGCUCCGCUCAACAGGAACUUGUCCCACUCCAGCUUCCGGCUCAGAUGUUUUCCGGAGCUGCAGGACCGCCGCUGGACUCUGGCGCUGCUGUUCUUCCUCUGCUUCCUGUCUGUGCUGCUGGGAAACUGUGCGCUGGUCUACGUGAUCCGCAGGGUGGCGCGCCUGCACAGCCCCAUGUACGUCCUGGUGUGCCUGCUGUGCGUGGUGGACGUCCUGCUGGCCUCCGUCAUCCUCCCCAACAUGCUGCUCAACCUGCUGCUCGACUGGAGCCACAUCUCGCUGGCCGGAUGCCUCAUCCAGAUGUUUUCCACGCACUUCCUGUCGUCGCUGGAGUCCACGCUGCUGUUGGUGAUGGCGCUGGACCGCUACGUCGCCAUCUGCAAGCCGCUGCGCUACACGGACGUCAUGAGCUCCUCCGCCCUCCUGAAGCUGCUCGUCUUUGCGCUCCUGCGCAGCGUCUCCAUCAUGUCGGCGCUGGUGGUUCUGGCCGGUUCUCUGUGGUUCUGCGGCUCCAACGUCAUCCAGCACUGCUACUGCGACCACAUGGCGCUGGUCCGCCUGGCCUGCGUCAGUACGCAGAGGAACCACGCGGCUGGGCUGGCGGUGAUCGUCUGUUUCGUGGGUGUGGACAUUCCCGUCAUCUUCUUCUCCUACGUGAAGAUCGUGCAGGUCGUGGUGCGAACAGCGGCGGCCAGCGAGGAGCGGCUGAAGGCGCUUCACACCUGCAGCACGCACCUGAUGGUCAUCGUGUGUUUCUACCUGGUGGGCACCAUCACCUUCCUGUCCGGCAGCCUCAACAUUCCCAUAGCAACGGGCAUCAACACCCUGAUGGGCGUCGCGUACAUCCUGAUCCCCGCGACCGUCAAUCCCAUCAUCUACGGCGUUCGGACCACAGAGAUCCGCCGAGGCCUUCAGAGGAUGUUCAAGCUCAGAGAAAGGAAGAUCGCGUCUCUGACGGUUUCUUCUGGAAAACGACAGACUCUGAGAACAUCCGGUUAGGAGCCCACAAGUCUGACUCUUCAAAAGUAACGCAGUACAAAGUGUUCAUGAACCAAAGGCCUCCAUCUUAAUAUCGUGACUUUAACUAAUACUGAAGACAAAUUAGGAGCGUCCUAAGUAAUCCGGCUCUCAAGGGCCGCACCUGAUUGGACCAGCAGGUCAUUGUGGGCGGAUCCCAGUGUGAACGUUAGAGUUUCUCCAUAACAGGAAGUGUUUUCAAUAACAUCAACUAUUGGUAACAAAUAAAAACUAUUUUAGUUGUGCUAAGCCUGAAGCACUAAUCAUAAACAUUAGCUGGGCUAAAACUAAAGCGCAUUAGCUUCUGAUAUUUAGCAGAAGCUAAUGCUAAAGUGCUAAAUUCCACCAUGUUGGAUAUCCAACAUGGCGGAAGAGGAAGUGGAACUGCUGCGUGAACAGUCCUCAUCCACUUCAAAAUAAGAGCAUUAACAUAAACAUUAACUAGUUGAAGAAUCUGCAACAGUCAAUCUAAACCUAGACGUUUAACUUUAUUCAACUGAAAGUUUGCAAAACAAUAAAUCAGCAUUUUAAAAUGUAUCUGGAAGAUUAAUGAAGUGGAAGCUAAGUGCUAAACGCUAAAGUUAGCCAAAAUGCUGAGGAAAUAAUUAGAAGUGUGCCCACUGCUAAAAUGAAUGCCCAUCAUUUCUCCUUUUCUUAGAUUAGGACUAAUUUACUCCUCUGGCAUCAAACUUUCAUUUAUUUCUUCAGCGUCACACGCAGCUUUUUAAUAAGUAAUGCUCCUAUUUGAUUGUACACAGAUAUUGAUGAGCAGGAAGGUCUUAAUAACACCAUUAUAUUUAAAAACUAAAUCAAUUUUAUAAGUGAAAUAAUGUGAAACUGGAAAAAGCUGUUAAAAAAAGAAAAACGUUUUGAUCACAAAUGUCAUCAGGCUGUGUAUGAAUAUCAUGGCUGACAGUGAAAACACUCACAGAGCUUCUAAUAGUGUUUUUAUUAAAGACUGUGGGGAAUAUACAAGUUUUCUGACAAUAUCAAAAUAAAAGACAACUGGAACUAAAGUAUAAACAGAUAUGAUGCAUUUCUUCCUCAUCCUCCGACUUCCAGUCUCCAAGACGAACUGGUGUCUGUCCGUGUUUCAGACCCAAACACCUGCCAGACUUCAGGAAAACACAAGUUCAGGAAUCUCACUUCAUAUUAAAAUCAGCAGAUAAUAAACAGAAACCGUCAUGAACGGCCACAGGGCUGACGAACAGAAAACUGUUAACAUUCAACACACAGCUGAGCAG